AUGUCGACCAUUCCUGAAGUAGCUACACCCCAAAUAGUAGUGAUGAAGGAGAGUAAUUAUCCAAUAACAACACCAACCAAACAGCAAGCUAUAUACCACUUGGAAUUUCUUACAUUCCCACUUAUCGCUAAUGACUCUAUGGACCUAAUCACACUCCAACAAUGGGUAGCAGAAGGUGCCAAAGAAGCAGACUCAGGUUCUGGUGUCCUGGCAACAAAAAUAAAGAUAGAUCACGAAGAAUAUGAACAACUAAAACAAUACAUAGAAACCAAUAACCUACCCCAAGGUCUUGAUCUGGCAAAGCAAGCAAAGAUAAGCUCUAAAAGUCGAUUUUUUGAAAUCAAGAAUAGAUUCUUAUACAAAAAAGAUAGGAGAAGUCAGUCUCAUGGAAGGUUGCUAAAAGUCACUAAGAAAGAUAAAGUAGAAACAAUACUAUACCUAAUACAUAACCAUUCAGCUAAUAGCUAUUUCGGUACUGAUGACAUGUUUGGAAAGGUUAAGGAGUUGUAUUAUUGGCCACAAAUGUACGAAUGUAUUCAUACUAAGCUCGCUGUUUCAGAGGAUAGAUAUAAAUAUAGUGGGACCUUUGCUACUAACUGCUCAGAGGAACUGUUAUAUAGUCGUUGCUACUGA